AUGGAUCCCCAGUCGGGAAGCCUCAGAGGUGCUGCUGCUGCUGCUGGUGCCCCCAUGGGCAGGAGUGAGGGGGUGAAUAAACUUCCAGCUGGUGAAGAAGUGGAGGUUGCAGGUGGUACAUUACCUGAAGGUGAAGAGGUCGGCGAGGAGCCUCAGCUCCCUAAGGAGCCGUGCUUCGCGCGGCCUCGGCCCUUCGGGCACACGCUGAAGGAACUGGUGGAGCAACUUGGUGCUCUGGCAACAGCUGCUAGCGCAACAUUAAAGUCGCUUGGCAGUCGUGGAGUCGCCGGUCUACGUGGUGGAGCAUCUUCGUCUGGUGUACGGGGGGGCGAGGAGACCGGUCCAGUGGACCAGGCACAGCGUGAAGUACCUGCAACAGAGCCGGUCCCGGAGCGCCCUGUAUCUGAAGAAGCCCCCGUAGUGAAGAGUCCCCCUGUCGAGGAGUCUUUGGAUGAGGAGGGAGCUGCAGGUGAACUGGGGGAAACUGAGGACAAGCCUCAGCUUCCCAAGGAGCCGCUUUGGCAGCAGCCGCAGCAGCUGGGGUGCUGCUCAAGGACCUUGGCGGGCGUGGAGUUGCAAGCAUGA